AUGACUGCUGAGCUUGCUAAGCUUGCUGAGCUCGGUGUUGAUCUUGUUUUGACACAAGCUUUAGCAUUUCCACAUAGAAUCUGUGUGCUAAACCAAAACAAUCGUGGAUUAGAACCAAGACUACCAAAACCAGAUUCUCCAGAUUCUCCAGACCAAGCGUCGCAUCAGGAUGAUCAAAGUCAAGCAGCAGUCGCCAAGAAUGCAUUGGUUGUUUUAAAACAGCCAGAUAACAAUAAGGAAAACGAAUGCGUUGUUCAAAGAGACUUGUUUGUUCAGGAUAUUGCUCCGCCCAGUAAGCAUUCAAAGCAUCACAAGUUUAUUCCUAAAUCACUCUGUCGGCUGUUUGGAUGCUCAAAAGCAUCCGUACCAGCAACCCUAUCCCCACUACAACCAGUGCCUACCAGUGUUUAUCCCAACCCUGAGCCAUUGGAGGCAGCUGCCUACUGGUUCGAAAAAGAGGAGUUGAGUGCUGCAUUGCAAUACCUCGAGAUUUCAGCUACACAAGGGGAUCCAGUCGGAUUGUUUUUGGCUGGCAUGUCUCAUUCUCAUGGCUGGGGUUGCGUCCAGGUGGAAUCUCUGGGAUUGAGAUAUUAUCGUACAGCAGUAGACAAGACGAUUGCUGCUAUGCGCGAUGGUGCGAUUAUCCUCGACAGUUAUUCAGUAGAAUCGCUACAUACUAUUUCAAACCGUUUAACCAGUCAGAAUACUGGCAUUGGAAAUAUUUAUAGUGAUGCUUCUUCAGUAUCAAUGCGAGGAUCUGCUGUCCAUCUCACUGCGACCCAUCCACGCUCUUCUCUCUCCCUUCCAGAUUAUGCUCUCUCUGCUAUGCGCAUAUCCAAAUCAGGUACCAUUGAGCGUCGUAAAAAUAUAGUCUCGCUAAUGGCCUCCACUCCACUCCAUGCCAUGCUUUCCCUAUGUGUUCGCGAAAUCGGAAUCGCAUAUCUGUAUGGAUGGGGUAUUCGUCGAUCUAAAAAAACCGCUUUUGAGUUGAUCAAGGUUGCUGCUGAAUUGGGUGAUCCAGAUGCUCAACAACAUCUUGGAUUCUUGUAUCUACACGGAUCAGGGGUAAAGAAAAACAAACCACUGGCUGCACAUUGGUAUAGAAUCUACGAACAAUCUACCCACACCAUACUCUACGAACCGUGGAUUUGGUUUAAAAAGUAUACCUCAACCACAACACCUAUUCCCGUUCUAUCUCCUGAUGAGUUGGUGCUUCAUGCGGUGGAACUGGUACACCAAUCUGACAUUGUUCCUAUUCCUAUAGGAAAUAAUGCACUGGAUUCUCACAUUCAAUCCCAUAACCGCAAGCGAUUUAACUGGAAAAACAUCUCACUUGCAAUCAGACAAAUAUCCAACUAG